AACUCACCCAGAGCGCCGUCGAACACCUUCCGCUCGAGCGCCGUCGCCAUGUCGUCCGCCGCCACCGCGCCGGAGCCGGAGCCGCGGCCGGUGCGCUUCGGCAUCAUGGGCUGCGCCUCGAUCGCGCGGAAGGUUUCGCGCGCCAUGCUGCUGGCCGCCCCCGCCGCCGCGGUGGCCGCGGUCGGCAGCCGCUCCGAGGCCAAAGCGCGGCUCUUCGCGGCCGACAACGGCCUCCCGGCGGCCACGCGGCUCCACGGCUCCUACGAGGCUCUCCUCGCCGACCCGGACGUGGACGCCGUCUACCUGCCCCUCCCGACCAGCCUGCACGUCCGGUGGGCCGUCGCCGCCGCCGGGCGCGGCAAGCACGUGCUCCUCGAGAAGCCCACCGCGCUCUGCGCCGCGGAUCUGGAUGUCAUCCUCGCCGCCUGCGAGGAGAACGGGGUCCAGUUCAUGGACUCCACCAUGUGGAUGCACCACCCCCGCACCGCCAAGAUGCGCGAGUUACUGGAUGACCGGAGCACCAUCGGCGAUGUCAGAGUUAUAAACUCAGUGUUCAGCUUCCGAGCAGACGAAGACUUCCUCCAAAACGACAUCAGGGUAAAACCAGACCUGGAUGCCCUGGGCGCACUCGGCGACGCAGGAUGGUACUGCAUCCGGGCGAUUCUCUGGGCCGUCGACUACUCGCUCCCCAGGAACGUGGUCGCCCUGCGUGACCCCGUCAAGAACCAGGCCGGCGUGCUCAUCGCCUGCGGCGCGACCCUCUACUGGGCCGACGGCAAGAUCGCCACCUUCCACUGCUCCUUCCUCACCAACCUUACCAUGGAUAUCACCGUGGUCGGCACGAACGGCACCCUCCACGUCACCGACUUCGUCAUCCCAUACGAGGAGAAGUCUGGCCCGUUCAGCGUGGCUUCCGAGUCGAACUUCGCUGAGCUGCAUACUGGGUGGGUACCGCAGCCAAGUAGGCAUGUCGUCGCGACUGAGCUGCCACAGGAGGCCCUCAUGGUCCAGGAGUUCUGCAGGCUGGUGCAGGGCAUCAGAGAUGGUGGUGCCGGUGUUGAGAGGAAGUGGCCGGCCAUCACCAGGAAGACGCAGGUCGUGAUGGAUGCGGUGAAAACCUCCAUCGAUAGCGGGUUUCAGUCGGUGAAUGUUGCCAGCUAAAUGUAACACUUAACUGGUCAUUUCGGUAGUGCGUUUGAUCAAGACCAUUGUGUAUGGUUUGUUUACUUCAUCGAACUCUACGCAGGACAAAACUGCUUACUCAAUGAGUCCGAAUGAUUCUUGUCGUACCGUGGACAAUAAUGCAACUGUGUCAGGUGAGCUAUAAAUGGUGUUGUUUAUCUUA